AGCGAGCAACAACCCGCGUCGCAAACGCAUUUACUGCCGCUAUCACGCCGCGAAUACCCCCGUAAAGCUCGCAAACAUGUCGGGUAAGUCACGUCCCCGCGUCAACCACCCGCCAUGGCCUCCAAACGACAGCGCACUUACCUGACGCCCCUCUCAGACCGCGACGGCGACUCCACCAUGCAAUCGUCCCCCACUAAUGCUGCCUCGGACGAUGAAAUGUUCCCUGACGAAGCUCUCCCAAACAAUCCAGCCACACCCCACAACUCCAAUCUCGCAGGCGUAAACGAAAUCUCACCACCAAACUCACAACCUACAACCCGCGAGACCCUCGGCGUCAACUCAAACGGAAAGCGUCCACUGUCUACCGGAAUGACGCAAGCAGCUACGAGCAACGGCACGGGUGGAAGCGGUACCCACCAGGAUGCUGAGACAGGUUACCAGUGGAGCAAGCAGGAGGACCAGCCGGGCUUUGAGUGGAAGAACACUAGGGCGCGCGAGGAAGAGGCUAGGGCACUGGACAACAUUGUCGACAAGAGCAACAUGGUUAGAUUGCGUUACGGUGAUCCGCUCGAUUCCAGCAUACCCCCAAAGACGAAGCGCUGAAGGUGGCAUACAAACAUGCUCUUGAGGAGCACAGAAGCAUCCACGUAAAGGACUAUAACCACGACAGGAGUUGCGUAAUGCAUAUGGUAUCAUGAUUGCAAGAUGCGCGCGACGUCCAGGCAAUCCGACACUAUGAGCCUCACAGAGACGUGGAGUGCAAUGACUUCAUACA